GGAUGCUCGGAGGAUGCAGAGAGGGAAGCAGCAGAGGAAACAAAGCAGAGCCUUGACUUUAUUUUGAACAAGAAACCUGACACUUACCGAGAAAUAAAGGAGAGCUAAGGCGGACUUUCUCCAAACGGCGACAAAGAGCUGCUUUGUGGCUGGAAGGCAGACAGUAGGAGGAAAACAGCGGUCUUUGUUCGCAUAAACAUAAACACGGUCCGUUAGAGGCAGCCUGCUGUAGGUUGUUUUAGAUUAACUCGUGCUAUGCUAGGUUUUGUGUGUCAUUCUGUUGGAUUAUAGGCCAACUAUAGCUGCAUUUUUUUAAAUGAGCUUUUGUUAACUUGGUUAUUCCACAUACAGUCGAACUCCACAGGCCUCUGAGGAGGAAUCAGUGGGAGUCUUCGAGCGGCUCCAGCCUGCUAAAAUUAGCCUAGCCAAGGUCCUGAAGUAAGUAAGUGGUCAUUCGUUUGUUUUCCGUCAGUGAUUUAACCGGGUGAUGCAAGAUGGAGAAAGCCACUGUCACUGCUGAAUAACACUGCUCUGCUGUCAACCUGCCGCCCCCAUCACCCAGGAACACACAGGUUUUAACCACACACCACAUCAGAGGUUGCCCUUCAUUUGCAGCUGAACGCAAACAGCACAGCUACUGAUUCUCACCCAGCUGCCCACUUUUGUUUCUCUGAUGAGAAGCGUUUGGUAGAUGUUCUUGUUUUUCGUCGUUUGUUUCAGUAAAGUCUGCCGACUCUUCUCCAUGUUCAGCUCAGAGAGACUCACUGUCCCCGACUAUGUCAGCCGGCUGCAACCCCGCAGGGCGGGCUCCGAGCCCAAGGCUGUUUCUCCAGGUGUCCAGGCCGAGGUCCAGGGUGUCCUGGACGACUCUCUGCCGGCCCUGCGGGCUGCAAUGAGAACCCUGAGGUCUGCCAAAGAUACAGGGGAGCUGGGGGAGACCCGCAGAGCCAUUGCUGAAACUUUUCAGCUCGUGGAAGAGGCCUGGGUUUUGCCCACAGUUGGGCGACAAGUAGCAGAAGAAAUCUGCAACAGAAUACGGCUGGAUGGAGGGCUGGAGCUGCUCUUGCAGCUGCUGCAGACGCCUGCUGUGGAAAUCAAAUACGAGUCAGCCAAGCUGCUCGAGCAGAUACUCAUAUCAGAAAACAGAGACUAUGUGGCACGUAUGGGCCUUGGGGUGAUCCUGAACCUGACCCGUGAGCUGGAGGAUGCCCAGCUGGCACGUAGCAUUUCGGGCAUCCUGGAACACAUGUUCAAACACACGGAGGAGACUUCCACCCAACUUAUCAGCAAUGGAGCACUGGACGCCCUGCUGUUCUGGUGCCGGGGCACGGACCCCACCGUCCUGCGCCACUGCGCCGUGGCAUUGGCCAACUGUGCCAUGUAUGGUGGCCAUUGCUGUCAGCGGCUGAUGAUCGAGAAGCAGGCAGCCGAGUGGCUCUUCCCACUGGCCUUCUCCAAAGAGGACGAGCUGAUCCGCUUCUGUGCCUGUCUGGCCGUGGCUGUGCUGGCCGCUAACAGGGAGGUGGAAAAAGAAGUGGUGAAGUCUGGCACGCUGGAGCUGGUCGAACCCUUCAUCGCCUCACUCGACCCUGAUGAAUUUGCACGCAGCCUGCAGGACAGUGCGGACAGCGUGCAGGGUCGAACCGCUGCUGACCUGCAGCACCUCCUGCCCCUGCUAGACGGUACAAGACUGGAGGGGAAUUGCAUCGCUGCUUUCUACCUCUGUGUGGAAACCAGCAUCAAAUCACGUCAGCGUAACACCAAGAUAUUCCAGGAGAUUGGGGCUGUGCAGAGUCUAAAGAGAAUUGUCAUGUACUCAAGUAAUGCUACCACACUCUCUCUGGCGAAGAGGGCCCUGACCAUGAUGGGUGAGGAUGUUCCACGCCGCAUACUGUCCUCUGUGCCCAACUGGAAAACUGGGGAGGUGCAGAGGUGGCUGCAGCAGAUUGGCUUCAGUGCCUUUUGUGAUCGGUUCCAGGAGCUGCAGGUGGAUGGAGACCUUCUACUCAACAUCUCAGAAGAAGAUCUGAUUCAUGACCUGGGCAUGACCUCCGGGCUCACCCGCAAAAGGUUUCUGCGAGACCUGCGGGUGCUGAAGACCUAUGCCAAUUACUCCAUGUGUGACCCCAAUAACCUAGCUGAUUGGCUGGCAGAUAUCGACCCCCGUUUCCGUCAGUAUACUUAUGGCAUGGUGCAGUCUGGUGUGGACCGCAACAACAUCCUGCAGAUAACAGAUCAGCAGCUGCAGUUGGACUGCCGUAUGGAGAACGGAAUCCAUCGAGCGCAGAUCCUUGCGGCUGCACGCCGGCCUGCCAGGCCCUGCCUGACCGACUCACAGCCUGCAGGCCCAGACGUGUUCAUCAGCUAUCGCCGCACCACUGGCUCUCAACUUGCCAGUCUGCUGAAGGUGCACUUGCAGGUGCGUGGCUUCAGCGUCUUCAUCGAUGUAGAAAAGCUAGAGGCGGGCAAGUUCGAGGAGAAGCUGAUAAGCAGCGUGCAGCGAGCGCGUAACUUCAUCCUGGUCUUGUCAGCCAAUGCUCUGGACAAAUGCAUGGGUGACACAGCCAUGAAAGACUGGGUGCAUAAGGAGAUUGUCACUGCUCUCAGUGGGAAGAAGAACAUCGUUCCCGUCACUGACAACUUUGUAUGGCCUGAUCCCAGCUCUCUGCCUGAGGACAUGCGUACCAUUCUUACAUUUAAUGGCAUCAAAUGGUCCCACGAGUAUCAGGAAGCUACUAUAGAAAAGAUUCUGCGCUUCCUAAAAGGACAUCCUGGUCAGGAGCAGCUGGACAGCUCCAAGAGCCACAAGGAACCACAGAGCAAUCCUGCUAAGAGUCACUAAUGCUGAGCUGUCUCACUGAUUGCAUGCAAACCAUCGAAUAUGAAUAAUUUAUUCAGAAUGAACAGAUAAUGUGUUAUAAACAGAUAUGAAUAACAGUAUGAAUAGGUGGUGCACUAUUUCUUUUCAUUUCUUUAUUAUUAUUAUUUUUUAGCAUUAGCCUUAUUAAUCCCCAAAAUAAUCCCAUGGUUCUCUACUGAAAUGGGCCAAAAUUCAGAAAGUCUGCAAAGUAGCAAAAUACACAUCACAUUAUUUAAAAGGGAACAGCAGCCUUUCAGUAUGUGUUGCAGGCUUCAUGCACAUACUGCUGUCUGGUUGAGUGAGCUACUCACUUCACAGAUUUAUGACUAGAGCAUAGCUUCAGUUUUACAUUUGUAAGUUAAAACGUCUAAUUUUGAAUUCCCAGCAGGGCGACGUACAGCCUAUACAGAACAGCCACAAUGUGUAGGUCACCAUAUCCCUACUGCAGUCUGAACAAAAACAGUCUUAGCAGAUGAGUGAUUAAUACUAAUGUAAAGAAAUACUGCCACAGUGGACCAUGCCUACUUCUGGUCCAAAUCUCAGUACAUAAACUGAUAAACUAAUGCAAACACAAAUCUAUAGCAUACUACAAACCUUUGACAGACC